CAGUCUGUCUCGCAUCUCAGUUUCUGCUCGCGUAUCGACGAGCGCUGGUGCCUGGCGGUGGUGGAGUAAGGUGAGGAGGUGACUCUCCUGACGCGGUACGCGCGCGCCGUCCUCCCUUGUGAUGUGACAGUUGUGACACCCGGUGCGGUGUGGUCGAGCGUGCACACGACUGGCGACGGCGGCGCAGCCGAGAGCAAAAGCCGAGAGAAAGAAAGAGAGAGAAAAAUGCGGACGAGCGCGAUUUACCUGCCGCUUCUGCUGCUGGUGGCGGCGACGAGCGCGAGGAUCCACAAGCUGGACAUACGGAAGGACGGAAGGCACUACAUCACCCUGAGCACAUUCGGCUUCUACAAGGGCAGCAUCCUGACCGUGAAUCUCACGAACUUCAAGUUCGCGCCGGCGGACGCCGACAAAAAGCUGACACCGGAAAGCGCGAGCAAGGCCGUGUUCGGAUUCAGCUUGGGUCGAACGCUCAUCGAUGCCAUUAAUCCGUACGUGCACAAUCAUCUCGAUGGAUGCUUGCUGCAAAACGUUUCGAAUCUCAAAACAGAACAGAAGGACGACAGCUCGAUCAUAUAUUUUACCAUGGACUUGAAAAAUUUAACGAUGCAGGUGAACUGCAGCGGCAACGUGCACGCGGCGCACAUCUACAGGGAUCCCAGCGCGGUGCUGAUGUAUCGAACAAAGCGGAGCUCGCUGUCGUCGAGAUUCAGCGAUACCGCGCUCUUCCCACGGAGAAAGAGGAACACGUCCCACGUGAUCGAGAGGGCCGUCGUUCGCAGCGGUGACGCGAGGCACGGGUCGGACAGCAACGCGUGCUCCCGUCUGAGAUUACCGAUGACGACGGAGACGACGCCGAGGGGCGAGAAGUCGUACAACACGAGCCUCGUCAUGUACGUCGCCAGCGAGGAGGAGGAGGGCCUGUACAAUCUCUACUUUCACAAUUGUCAGAAUUACGACAACAACAAGGAGCCGCUGCUCGUGGAUUUCACGGUGGAGAUAGCGGAGAUUAAUAACGACAACUUCCUCAGCGCCGGCGAAAUGCCGCUGCCGGCUCUGUACUUCACGAUGGCGCUGCUCUUCUUCCUGUCGGGCUGCUUCUGGGUGUUUAUCCUCAACAAAAGCAAGCAUUCUGUAUUCAAAAUCCACUAUCUGAUGGCUGUCCUGGUGUACCUGAAGUCCUUCUCGUUGCUGUUCCACGGUAUAAACUACCACUUUAUCCAGACCAAGGGUGAGCACGUCGAGGCGUGGGCGAUUUUGUACUACAUUACCCAUCUCCUGAAAGGCGCCGUUCUCUUCAUCACCAUUGUGCUCAUUGGCACGGGAUGGAAUUUUAUAAAGCACAUUCUCUCGGACAAGGAAAAGAAACUCUUCAUGUUGGUCAUACCAUUGCAAGUGUUGGCAAAUGUGGCUGAGAUAAUAAUUGAGGAAAGCGACGUGGGCAAUUUACGACGCGAGACUUCGCGGGACAUGUUCAUACUUGUCGACUUGGUGUGCUGCGGCGCAAUUCUAUUUCCGGUUGUGUGGAGCAUCAGGCAUUUAGAGGAGGUCGCCCGCACGAACGACAAAGCGGCGAUGAAUUUGCGCAAGCUUAUGCUAUUCAAACAUUUCUACAUUAUGAUAGUAUUCUACAUAUACUUCACCCGCAUUAUAAUGUACAUACUCAAGAUUACAGUGCGCUUUGACUACCAGUGGCUGGACGAAACGUUCCGAGAAAUGGCAACGUAUGCAUUCUUCGUUCUGACAGGCUAUAAAUUCCGGCCAGCGUCCGCGAAUACGUAUUUCACGGUACCGAGCGAUGAAGUGGAGCCAGAUGACGAGGACGACAAGACCGACGUCGUCAUUUCCGGUGGUAAUGGAAUCAACAGGGACUUCAGUACAGUCAGCAAAAUGUCGAGGACGGUGAGGUCCGCGACUUCGAAAAUUCCAUCCACUGAGGAGGAGCGGCACACUCUUUCCCACAAGUCCUCUCGCGAGUACGACUGAGGAUAAAAUUGUGAUAGAUCAUCAUGUGACGAAUACCUACAAUCUGCGAAUCUUCGAGGCUACAUUCUGGAUUGAAGGGACGAACGAAAGCGCGACGAUAGGCGAAACAAGGGUGAACUGAAUAUGAAGAAAGAAAGAGAGAGAGAGAGUGAGUGUGUUGUGUGUAGGUGUUUCUUAUUCUCAAAUCUAUUUUAUAUUUCUCAAUGAAGGAAGAAGAAAAAGAGGGAAUACUCGUAUAUUAAUUUGUACCCGCAAAUUUACUGAUUGUUCAAAUAUGAAUAAGAAUUUUGAAUUUUCCGCUCAACAGUUGCAUGCUUUGAAAUGUUAACAAUAUUAUGCUAUUCUUUGAUACUCCAGUUACUAAUCUAACAGUCAUUAACGCGGCUAGUACGUUGUAAAUUAUAAACAAUCAAGAAUAAGUGAGCAACAGGUACUAUUAUUGCAUUAUUAUUAGUAAAAUAGCUUUUACUUUACUAGGAGAAAUUUUUAGCGAAGUAAAAUAGUUUUUACUUCACUAGAAGAAAUUUUUAGUGAAAUAAAAUGUAAAAUCAAUCGAAACUUAUGAAAGACUUAAGGUGGUUCUUUAGUAAGUCGAGUUAUUUAAGAAAUAUCUCAAAAUGUAAGCAAAACAUUUUUUAUAUAAUAAAGUUGAAGUGCCGAACUUGACGUAUGCAAAAUUCUAGGGAAGAUUAUCGAUGAAAUAAAAGAGAAAAAAAAUAUUGGAAAUGUAACUUUUCGUGUAUAACUUACAAUUAGUGACAGGUUGGGCGGAGACGCUUCUUUGAUUAACUGCAUACAAACGUGAUUUGAGAUUUUUCUAAAAAACGAGAUUAUAAUAGUUACAAAAAUUACGAUUUUAAUGGUCACAGAAAAGAUCAUCGGUCAAUCUGGAAAGAUAUUUAAAAUUAAAAUGGCAAAAUAUCGUAUAACUUCGCUAGCAAUGUCUUGCGGAGUAGCAAUAUCGUUUGUUUUAUACUAUUUCAUCAAUAUAUAUAUGAAGUAUUAUAUUUUAUCCAAAUUAGACAAAUAUUUAUGAUGGGUCCUGGUGAGGCACCCCAAAUUUUCGGCACUUUACUAAAGAACCAUCUUAAAGAAUAGUUAAAAAAUGAAUGUAUUUUAAGAGCCCAGAUACUUAAGUCGUGUAACUAACUUGUUCGGAUAUUUAUGAGAAAGCACUGAAAAUGAACUUAUAUACUCGUUGGGAGUGAGUAUCACUCAGCAUUGACAAUAUAAAUCGCAUUAAUGAUUUAUUACGGGACAAUAUGUAUAACAAUACAGCAACAGUUUGCAAAAAUCAAAAUAUUUUACAAGUGAAAGUAGGCAAUGUCGAAUCUAUCAUUCGCGACAAUUUAAAUAUUAAAAAUACAGAACGCUCGACCAUCUCAAGUAGAUUUACGUUAAAAAAAUAUAUUUAAUCGGAAUGUUUAAAUAUAAACACAUGAAAUAGACGUUUAUUAAAUCACUGAAAGAUCUCGUAUAGAGACAUUAAUACAUUAUUGUAGUAAAAAAAAAAAACGUUAAAUAGACGUUAUAAAUGUCGUUAAUUAGAUAUAAUAUUUCGACUCUAAAUUUAAAAUAAUAACAAGGAAUAAUAAGACAGACAAUAAGACAUUCUAAAUGUCAAAUCGUGUCUUUUAACGCACUUACGAUAACGCUAUAAUCUUUUGUGUUCAUUAAUGCAUCUUGUCUUGUUCCCGUAGUAAUGACGUUUGCUUGUAAUCUUGAAAUUGGAAGCCCGCCAUCGUACAUUGUGGAACAUACUGACGUUUAUUAGCGGAAUAAAUUAUUGAUAUUGGCAUACUAAUUUAUUAUUUAUCGCUGAAGAAAGUCUGAAGAAGGCCGAAACGUACGGAAAAAAUUUAUUAUGGAUAUGUAACUACAUAUUAUAUUAUAUUUUGAAGACAUAUUUUUACACACCAAGUUUAGCGUAAUAGACUCUUACUAUCUGUCUUAUUCCUCGUUUUUGUUGAUGAAAUAGUUUAAAAACGUAUCAAAUUUUAAACAAUUAUUUUUUUAAUUUAUACGUUACACGAUUUUUCAUGUUUAUAAACUUACUUCGAAUGCACGAAUUGCAAUUUGAUUUCUAAAAUAUUCUAAGAUUUUUUAUUUUUUCCAAAGAAAAUUUGUAAAAUCUGAAGAAGUUUAAUGUAUA